UAACCGGAGAGUAAGUGACUAUAGAGCACCAUUCAGGAGAGUGAUUCUGAGGAUGGUUUUGUCUGAGAACAAGUACCACUUGGUAUUAUGUUUGUCCAUAGCCGCUCCAUGUAGGAGGAGGGGCUUGUUGCCGUGGAGACGACGGAAAUGUUGAACCCCGAGAGCAGCGAUGGAGAAGUAUGAAAAGAUUAAAGUGGUCGGGAGAGGAGCUUUCGGCAUCGUGCACCUCUGCCGCCGACGCGGCGACGGCGCGGCCGUCAUCCUCAAGGAGAUCCCCGUGGAGCAGAUGACACGCGACGAGCGCCUCUCUGCCCAGAACGAGUGCCAGGUCCUCAAGCUGCUCAACCACCCCAACAUCAUAGAGUACUAUGAGAACUUCCUGGAGGACAAGGCCCUGAUGAUAGCCAUGGAGUAUGCGCCAGGGGGCACACUUGCGGACUACAUCCAGAAGCGCUGCAACUCCCUGCUGGAUGAGGACACCAUCCUGCACUUCUUCGUGCAGAUCCUGCUGGCCAUGUACCACGUGCACAACAAGCUGAUCCUGCACCGCGACCUCAAGACCCAGAACAUCCUGCUGGACAAGCACCAGAUGAUCGUCAAGAUCGGAGACUUCGGCAUCUCCAAGAUCCUCGUGAGCAAGAGCAAAGCGUACACGGUGGUGGGCACUCCCUGCUACAUCUCUCCAGAACUGUGCGAGGGGAAGCCCUACAACCAGAAGAGUGACAUUUGGGCUCUGGGCUGCGUCCUGUACGAGCUGGCCAGCCUCAAGAGAGCCUUCGAGGCCGCGAAUCUGCCCGCUCUGGUUCUGAAGAUCAUGAGCGGGACCUUCGCCCCGAUCUCGGACCGCUACAGCCCCGAGCUCAGGGGGCUGGUGCUCAACAUGCUGAACCUGGACCCCUCCAAGAGGCCCCAGCUCAACGAGAUCAUGGCCCUCCCUGUGUGCAUCCGACCGCUGCUCAACCUCUACACCGACAUAGGCAACGUCAAGAUGCGCAGAAUAGAGAAACCCCUUUCCAACGUGCAGCACGGCCCCCACGGUAGACCGGGGGGCAGGAUCCCUGGCUCCAGGUCCCGAGACGGAGCCCUGGGGCUGGGCAUGGGCAAGGUGCACACGCUGCCCCUGUCCUCGGUCUACACCUGGGGCAGCGGCAUCGCCGCCCCGCUGCGCCUGCCCAUGCUCAACACGGAGGUGCUGCAGGUGUCCCUGGGACGCACCCAGAGGAUGGGGGUCACGCGCUCCGGCCGGCUCAUCACCUGGGAGGUCCCGUCCGUAGGUUGCGGCGAGCCCAGUCUCCCCGGCGGCAUGGAACCCAUGCAGCCUCAGUUCAUCUCCCGCUUCCUGGAGGGCCAAUCUGGGGUCACCAUCAAGUCUGUGGCCUGCGGGGACCUCUUCACCACCUGCAUGACGGACAGAGGCAUCAUCAUGACGUUUGGCAGCGGGAGCAACGGCUGCCUGGGUCACGGCAGCUUCAACGACGUCAGCCAGCCCAAGAUAGUAGAGGCCCUGCCUCGCUAUGAGCUGGUGCAGGUCUCCUGUGGGGCGUCCCAUGUGCUUGCUGUGACCAAUGAGAGAGAAGUGUUCGCUUGGGGUCGAGGAGACAAUGGUGAGCCACCCUGAAUUUAAAUGUAGCUCAUUUCCACUGUCAUUUUAUGAAGUGAUGUGCAAAAUUUCAGUAUCUGGGUUCUUUUCUCAUCCAAGUCUGAUAGAUAUUGCCUUAUUUAGAGCGUAAUCAUGUUAUUCUGUCUGACACCAGUCAGACAGAAUACCAUGAUGUCCUAGUGAAUGUUUACGCUCACACACACACAAUAGUGUCCUUGUUCCCUUUUUGUCCUCAAUCCAAUUAAACGCCUCACAGAUGCAAUCAAAAAUACCGCCCACGUUUUGGUCUCAUGCUAAAUACUUAAAUCCGCCAUAAUAUUGCAUACGUAAGUAAGUUACGAGCUAGAUAACAUUUCACACAGUCUUUAAUCUCCACACAUGCACACAUGCACACACACGCACACAAAUACACACACAUGCACACACACAUGCACUGCGAACGUCUUCAUAAUUGAUUU